GGCCAUCAGCUCCCGAAGACCCAUAUCGAGAGCUAACUACAGAGUGUGGUUCCCCCCAGGGCUGAAGGGAUUAUAAUAAUGAGGCACAGUUUUAUACCUAAUGAUGGUCGCGUGGGCAGUUACCGGUUUUCUUUUGUGUAUUGCGUUGGUUCUGCGGUUGCUCUAUAACCACUCCCGCUUGAAAUCUAUUCCGGGACCUUUCUUUGCGGCCAUCUCUGAUACCUGGAGAGUACAUGCUCGAAAUUCGCCUGGGUAUGGGCGGCGUUUGGCUCAACUGCACCAGGGGUAUGGGGAUGUGGUGCGCAUAGGGCCGAAUGUUGUCAGUAUUUGCGAACACGUCGAAAUCGCCAACAUUUCUCGCAGACGGCUCUGGGAGGAGUUGGUGCAGAACGGACGGAGGCUCAGCGAUUCCUCGGUUACUUCAACAAACCAGAUCAGAUGGCAUUUGCGGGAAAUACAAGACUAUGAAGGGUCAAUCGAUGAGUCGCUGAAAAAUAUCAUCAAGUCUAUUCGUCGUCACCGAGUUCUUGAUCUGCCGAGCUCUCUCCGUUACUUUGCGGAGGACUUCAUCAACCGGGUCAUGAUAAACGACCCUAGCAUCAAUGACGAUAGAACAGCUGGAAUGCCCAAGACGAACACCCCUAGUACCCAGUUAAGCACCGCGACAAUUCUCUGCUCCAUGGAAGAUAUGGUAUUGAAGGGUCCAGUGUCCCUGUUAAAACGCGAACGAUUUUCUUGCAGUGGUAUCGGAAGCAGCAUGUCUAAACUUCCUGAAUAUGCGACGGAGCUGAUCUCAAACCCGAUCAGGGCUGCAGCCCAACCAUUGACCCCGAGAGAUUCCAUCCUAUCUAUAGGAAUUGAGAGUAUGACAGCGACAUUCGUCUCGACAUUCUGUUUCCUUCUAAGCAACCCGAUCGUCAUGGCUACGCUGAAAAGCGAGAUUAACACAAUGCUCCGCUUUCGAGAGAAGGCUGCUAUCCCUAGCUGGAGCGAAAUUAGAAGGUAUUCCUACCUGGAUGCUGUUCAGAAAGAGUCCAUGCGACACUUCACCUCGAGAAGUGAAACACAAGAGAUCCUUGGGACAGCCUCAUCUUGGAACCAUUCACGAUUACCGCUCCCGCCCAAGACUAUUGUAACAUGGCACCCUCAUGUUCUGCAAUUCGAUCGUUCGGUUUACGGAGACGACGUGAAUACAUUCCGCCCGGGGCGAUGGCUUGUCACUGAUACGACACAGCGAAAUCUCAUGGAGAAAAGCCUAUUACCAUUCAAUGUUUGUGUCGAGGCAUACCCGAUAGCCCAGGCUGCCUGGUUAGAACUGAAAAAGGCGGUUGUAGUUCUCUUGAGCAACUUUGAUGUGAGCUAUGCUACCUCCCUGUUGUACGACUCUGUUGGCUGAUCACUGUGUAGCUUGAACUUCUGGAUGCUGAUGCUGAUUCUGAAAUUCACUUUCAUGGGGACGUACCGAUGUAUCCUCCUCCAUCGAUGCUUGUCCGAUUCAGGCCCAGGAUACCUUGAGCCACACGCGGGAUUCUUUGCAGAUUGGAUUACAGAGAUACCCUAUGGUUGAUAUAAUGCUUAAAUACCCAUUCAUGAUUCUUAUAUAUAUAUAUACCUCUCUCUUUCUUCUUUGAAUUAUCCUA